AUGGUGAAGCCCGUAGUGAACGCCAAUAUGAACGCGACGCUGCGCGAGGUGGUGGGGCGUUUUGUGGGCGCUCCCCCGUCGCUCUCGCACAAGCAAAAGGUGCAGCGGCUGUACAAGCAGUCGCUCAAGACACUGGACUCGUGGGUCAUCGACCGCCGUCUGUGGAACGAAGAGGCCACGAAGAUUCGUGCCGAGUUUGACGCCCACAGGCCGCUGGACCCCGAAUCCGGCCUUGCAAAGCGCCUAGUGCGCGAGGCGCAGGAAAAGGUGGCUCACUACACGCAUCCGGACCGCUAUAUCUUCAACUACAUGCCUGGCGGCACUCUUUACAUGCGCAAUGCGCCGAUUCCACUGGACGUGUGCUUCCCGGACGGAAAGAUCCCGGACGACGUGGAGCUGUCGCCUCUGGAAGGAAUCAACAUUGACAUGACGCCGCUGCCUGCGAAGGAGACGGUGUUUGUGGACUUUUCGAAGAAAGGCUACGACUAA